UGAAUAUUGGACCCGCGCAGUUGUUGUCUCGUGGUUGGAAAAUCAUUGUAAAAGCGGAAUUGUGACUCUUAAUGAGUAUUGGUUACACGUUCCUGUGAAAUGAAUGGUGUGAAACGUUCAUUUAAGCUAUCCACAUUCUUAAUUUCUACUGGGAUUCCUUCAUUUGACGAAUUACUUGGUGGUGGUGUGACCUCAGGAAGUAUAGUUCUUAUCGAGCCAGAUUUUCACCAAACAUAUGCAAAACUGCUCGUAAAUUUGUUCGUAGCAGAAGGUAUAUUAUCGGGUCAUAGUAUAUUCUAUGGUGCAACGGAAACAUUUGACAAUUUACUAUGUAAAUUACCUGAUCAUAUAACUUCUACAAAUGAGAUCGAAGAAGAAAUUUCAGAUCUUAAAAUUGCUUGGCGUUAUCAAAAUGUCCCAAACAUUAAGAAUGUAAAUUCAUCUGUAUCGAGUUUAGGGCAUCAUUUCAAUAUAACCACGCCCAUGAAUGCAACUGCUCGAAUAUCUGAGAAAAAUGUGUCAACUUUUUAUUUCCAACCGGAUAGUAAAAAAACAUUGCAUACCAAUCUCUUCAGUUUAAUUCAAAAAUUAAUUAUUUUCCGAUCAAACACAAAAGUGUCUUCAGGUAUACAACGGAUAGUGAUAAACUCAUGCGGCUCUCCUAUGUGGGGUUAUUGCAAGGAUACUCAACAGUUCUACAGGAAUAUGCUUAAUUUCUUUGCUACAUUACGCCUGCUAAUCCAAAACAGUCACUGCACAGUUUUCGUCACGUUACCUACAAUGAAGCUACCGCCUGGUCUAUUGACUCGUCUAUCUCAUUACUGUGAUUAUAUGUUUCGAGUACAAGGACUGCGUGACCAGAUACAGGCGAAUCCAGUGUAUUCAGAAUAUGAUGGUCUACUCACAGUUCUUCAUAUUCCUUGGUUAAUCAGUGGGAAUACACUUGAACCGGCUUUCAGAUCAUCUACACUUGAAUGGUGUUUCAAGAUAAAACGACAUCAGCUAGUUGUGCAGCAUUUUCACUUACCACCUUCUCUAUCCGAUACAGUAAAUAGAUCCAAUGCACCGGAAGCAGUCUUCACAUGUUCCAAAUUGCACGAAAAUCAGUUAGAAUUUUGAAGACAAAGCAGAAAAAAGCAUACUUAUUUAUUUGUACACUUUAUUGAAAUAAAUUCUCAUAUUAAGUC